UUUCAAUUGUUCAUUCAUCGGGAAACAUGGCAUCGCCAACUUAUGCUGGCAAAGGACUAGCCUUUUGCUUGCUGUUUUCAGCAUGCUUCCUUUUCUUGUUCCAAGAUGUCAAUGGUUAUGAGCCUAACUGGAAGUCGCUAGAUUCGAGGCCUCUGCCUGGUUGGUACGAUGAUGCCAAAUUGGGUAUCUUCGUCCACUGGGGAGUUUUCUCAGUCCCCAGCUUCUCUUCAGAGUGGUUCUGGUAUAGAUGGAAAGGCAUAAAAGCUCCACCCGUUGUCGAAUUUAUGGAGAAGAAUUACAAGCCAGACUUUACGUACGCAGACUUUGGCAAGGAGUUUACUGCUGAGUUUUUUGACGGGAAUAAAUGGGCAGACAUGUUUGGAAAAUCUGGUGCGAAGUACGUAGUCUUCGUAAGCAAGCAUCAUGAAGGAUAUACAAACUGGCCGUCCAAAUACUCAUUCAGCUGGAAUUCGAUGGCUCUAGGGCCAAAGAAAGACAUUGUUGGUGAGCUCAUGAACGCUACACGAAGCCGGACUGACCUGAGGUUUGGCCUGUAUCACUCAAUGUAUGAGUGGUUCCACCCUUUGUAUCUGAAGGAUAAGGCGUCCGGAUAUAAGACGCAAGAUUUUGUCAAUGCCAAAACAUUGCCGGAGCUGUAUGAGAUUGUGGAGACCUACAAGCCUGAGGUGGUCUGGUCUGAUGGGGACUGGGAAGCUCCGGAUGUGUACUGGAAGUCUAAGGAGUUCCUCGCUUGGCUCUACACCAAUAGCCCUGUUAAGGACACGGUUGUUGUAAACGACAGAUGGGGAUCGAACGCUAACUGUACGCAUGGGGGUUUCUACACUUGCGGGGACCGCUUCAAUCCAGGUGUCAUCCAGAAACAUAAAUGGGAGAACGCGAUGACCAUCGACAAAAGAUCGUGGGGUUACAGACGUGAUGCUCCGUUGUCUGAUUAUCUGAGCAUUGAGGAAUUGCUGCAAACAUUCAUUAUUACUAUCAGCUGCGGAGGCAACAUGCUAAUGAAUGUAGGACCCCCCAAACAUGGCCAAAUUGCUCCAAUAUAUGAAGAACGACUAACUCAGAUGGGGUCCUGGCUCGAAGUUAACGGCGAGGGUGUCUAUGCUUCCAGGCCCUGGACUUACCAGAAUGAGACGGUGACCAAAGGUGUAUGGUACACAAAGAAAACCGAGACCAGUGGCACGUCCGUGUACGCGUUUGUCUUCUACUGGCCAGACACGGAGAUUCUCAGCCUUGAUUUACCUCAAGUAUCUUCUGCUACCAAAGUAUCUCUACUGGGGUAUCCGGCCUUGUUCAACUUCCAUACUCGUAGUCCUAGAGGGCUGGACAUCUCCGUUCCUCCAAUUGCUGUGAGCAAAAUGCCUUGCCAGUGGGUGUGGGUCUUCAAGAUCACGGCUGUGGAGAACUGAAUUUGGACAAAAAUUACGAUGUGUCGUUAUGUUGUUGUAAACGUUUUCUCCUGACUAGAGACUCAAGCUUUGCAAAAACUACUUUUUAUGAAGAUAUAACAAUUUAUAGACAGAUCAAUGAGCCUUGGAUUUUUGUUUAAAAAUGCCCCCCCCCUCCCC